CCCGUCAUCCCCACUAUCCAGCAAACGGUCGCUCCGCUUGACUGCGAUGCAUGCAGCAGCAGACGUGAGAGUGCUUGCCUGUGUCUCCCACUCCCCCACCGCCUUUUCCUAGUUCACUCUGCAACCGCAACAUCACCUCCACACUCAAUUCCAAUCCCCAACCCCGCAUCCCCUUCUGUGAACCACAAGGCUGCGCACCACCAUGGGGCUCGACCACCCCACGCGGCCGCCCACGGCCCCCGUCGCCAUACCCAUGGACGGCGUCAUGAGCCUCGACGACUUCCUCGCAACCCACCAAGCCUCCCACGACGCGCACAUGGCCGCCACCAAGCCCGCGCGCGCCCCGCAGCCCGUCCCCGUCGGCGCCCGCUCCUCAACCCACACCAUCCAACUGCAUGAGCAAGCCCAAGCGCUCGCGCUCCCGCAGCCCGCAUUCACGUUCCACGGCAACGGCGCCUCGGGGUGGAGCGUCGAGGUGAGUUUCCCGGGCCUGCAGGACGCGGGGGAACUGCAGGGGCUGAAGGCCGAGGGGGGGUAUGCGAGUAAGCAGGAGGCGAAGGAGGCGGUGAAGUUCCAACGCGCAACCUCCCGCCCCCAGCCAACCUACACCGACUACAAGUCCGGCGAGCGCUGGUCCUGCACCCUCACCCUCGACGACCACGACGAGCCCUUCAGCUCCGCCACCACGCUCUUCGGCUCCAAGAAAGCCGCGCGCCAGCACGCCGCCGGCUGCGCCGUCGCCCACUUCAAGGCCCGCGGCCUGUGGCCCGACGAGUUCUCGGACGUCGGCGGCAUCAAGAAGCGCAAGCAGGUUGCCAGCACGCCCGCCCGCAACCCGAGUCCCGCAUCCGCGUCUGCGUCGGCGUCGCCGGCGUCCCCGUCCGGCGCGUCAGCAACGUCCCAGGUCACCGCGCUGGCGAACCUGCUCAGCCUCGGCCCCCCGGAGUACCGCUUCGAGAUGGGGACCACCGCGGUGCCGGAUCUGCACACCGUGGCGUGUUACUUCAGGGACGGCGGGGCGCACGAGGGCCCGAUUGGCGAGGUGCGCAAUGUGUUUGGCAAGAAGCGCGCGAAGGAGGAGUGUGCGCGGCUGGUGCUGAUGCAUCUCGGGGAGGUGAAGAGGGGGCGGGAGCAGAUUGCUGCGAAGUUGAUAAAGGGGUUUGCGGGGGAUGCUGGGGCGGUGGCGGGGGGCAAGGGGCUUGGGGUGGGUGAGGCGCGGGAGAGCGGUGAUGAGAUCGAUAUUUACGAGGAUGCUGUGGAUUUUUGAUAGUGGUCGUGGUAGCCCGCGUUGGGUAUUUGGGUAUUGUUAGGUACGCAGUGUCUAAGGGACAGGACCCUGGGCAUUUCUGCACUACUGAAGUCUGGUACAGCGGGUGAUAUACGUUGGACAAGGGUCGACGAUACGAACCCGGAACAGAUAUUGCAAUGUCGAGUUAAAUCAUUUCAGUCCGCCAGUUCCGAGUCCACUUCACUCUCACUCUCACCUUCGGCUGGCGGCCCCACAACACAACGCGUGGCAGACUGCAAGCUCCACUCUCACUCCAACGACCACAAUCGCAACCGUCUUCCACUACCACAAUAUCCACAACGAACCACGCCAAAGCCGCACUGCCGCGCCUCGAGCUCAACAACAGCGACAAGCAGCAACGCGCCCCGCCGCGUAUACCACUACAAUCACCACAACGACCAGCACCCACAUCCCCGCUCCACCCAACAUGCCCUGGACACCCACCACCGCCCUCCCCUCCGCUCUCGCCC